GUGCAUUGUAUGCAUCAAAAGUUCCGCGUGAGAAAAAUUUACUUAUUUAUGACUGCCGACCCAAUACAAUCAAGGAGCUGGGCACGGAGCAUUGAAAUUUAACACUUUUAAAACCUUUUUGGACGGAGACAUGGAGAUGGAGAGACAAUCAAGGAGCUUAAUAAGGAGUCAAGUAGGAAAAACUCGGAUUCAAAAGUCGCUGUGCAGACUGUGCGAGUGUCCGACGUCGGACGGCCACGUCCACGCAUCGCAGGUGGACAGGUUCAAGCUGAGGAAAUGGGCCAUGGAGGUCAUGAACCUGACGGAAGAAGACAAAAACCUGCCGGACGUGGUCGAAGAAGACGCUUUGAUCUGCUAUUUUUGCAUCUGGCAGGCAGAGUUUGGGGACGAGUCUGGAGACAAGGCUGUGGCUUGGUGGCCGAAAAACCUUGAUUUGGAAGAAAACGCAAAGGUGCUGCGGGAGAAUUAUUCAGUUGGAGAAGUUGAACAGUGUUGGGUGCAGUUGGAAGAGGUUGAUCUGGCCAAAUACGAAAAGGAAAUCCCUAAAAAGAGGAAGUACGUCAGUGGAGUUUGUUUUUACUGCGGCAAGAGAUAUACCCAGCUGGCGGGUCACGUCAAGAAGAAGCACAAAGAAGCCAUUAAAUGUGGAAUUUGGGGCUGCAUGACUUACUUUCACACCAAGGAGGAAAAAGAGCAGCACAUGCAGCAUUAUUUACACAAGAAACGUGAAAAACCAUGCGAAAGCAAGAAUUUUCGCUGCAAUUUUUGUGAAAUCGGCAAAUUGUAUUCUUCGCUAAAAUCGCGCAGGCAGCACAUAAAUCGCAAGCAUCCAGAGCUAGUGGCAUGCUCGCUUGUAGGCUGCAUUGAGUACUUCAAAUCCAAGCCUGACAUGAUUCUCCACAUCAACUCGUGGCACAAUAGAGGCACUAAUCAAAAUCUUUUCCAGUGUGAGCAUUGCGAGUAUUUUACCACGUCUAAAUACGUGUUGAGAAAACACGAACAGGCCAAGCACAUGCCACAGACGUUCAAAUGCGACGGAUGCGACGCAAGUUUCGGCUCAAAAUGCCUGGUUAAAUUGCACUACAAAAAAUUUCAUACUUUCGACGUGUGCAAAUCUUGUGGCCAGGACGUUGCUUACGGAAUCAAGGAACACCACAGAACACCAUCUGUUUGCUCCAAAUGCAAACUCAAAUUCACGUGCUCGGGUUUGUAUCAAUUGCACAGGAAGAGCUGCAAACAAGCCCCCUACAGUUGCAAAGAGUGUGGAGAAUCGUUCAACGUGUGUAACAAGUUGAAUAACCACGUGAGAAAAUUUCACACUCUUUUCAAAAAUAUCAAGUUACGCUGCGACCAUUGCGACUAUUCCACAUUCGAAAAGGGCCGCAUGGCGGAGCACAUGCAAUGGAGACAUUUACCAAAGACGAUUAAGUGUGGAGAGUGCAACCAAUUGUUUGCCUCUGAAUGUAUUUUCAAGAAACACAAACACAUGCGACACGAAUACGUUCGUUGCGCAGAAUGUGAUAAGGAGAUGAGCCGUCACAACAUGUUUAAACAUCGGACCAUCAAGACUUGCCGCCGCUGCAAGUGCAAAUUCAAGUGCUCAGGACUUCUUGCAAAGCAUGUCUGUCUGUAGAGCAAUAAUUUCUUUUGUGACAAGUGCCCGAAAAUUUACAGGGAAAAGACAAGCUUGUUUUACCAUAAUGUCAAGAAGCAUAUUGAUGUAUAGUUAAAAUUAAUAGUGACAUUCUGAAAAAAAAACUGUUGCUUAUUAAGUUAUAAAAGCCUUCCAGUAAAUUGUCCAUUUUGCGGGUAUUUUGCUACAGUUUCAACUUGUGUAGGGUUUUUUGUGUAAAAAAAUAUUUUUGAUAUAAAUAAUUUGAAUCCA